AUGUCGGAGCCCGCCGGUGAUCUGAAGUGCGCAGGCGCAGUGGCGCGGGGGCGUGUCCGCGCGGCGGGUUUUCCUGCGGGCGGACGCUCCUCCGAGUGCAGCCGCGGUUCCAACUCAGCCGCCGCUUGCUCGCCUUGGCGAGACCGUCCUGCGGCUGAGGGCAAGUCCUUAAGUCUCAUUUGUGGGGCCCUCUCCUGGCUCCGUGACUUUGAACAGAAGAGAUUACAGGCAGAGGCUCGUCUCCUUGCACCCAGGACUGGCCCCACGUGUGGUGGGCAGAACUCGCUCCCAUCUUCCUCCUCUUGCCAAGAGCCCUCUGACACCCCGAGGCCUGGCGGAGAACCUGACUGGGUCACCGAAUUUGUUCAGAAGAAAGAAGAAAGGGAUGCUGUCCCUGUCCUUUAGGAGGAGCAGGUGAAGAGGAGGAAGCGGGAAGAGCGUCUGCAGCAGGUCGGCCAGGACGGGAGAAGGCUCAAGUUUGCAGCGAAGCGCAUGAAGAAGGAGGAAGAGGAAACCGAGACUCUCCUGCGCCUCAGCAGGGAGAUGCUGGCUGAGGGGACCGGGCCGGACCGCCUGGAGCAGCUGGAGUGCGGGGAGGAGGAACUGCUUCUGGCAGAGUACGAGAGUGAUGAGGAGAGAAGAGCCAGCGGAGUGGAUGAUGAUGAUGAGGAGGACCUGGAGGAAGAACAUAUAACCAAGAUUUAUUACUGCAGUCGGACACACUCACAGCUGGCCCAGUUUAUACACGAGGUACGGAAGAGCCCCUUUGGCAAGGAAACCCGGCUAGUCUCUCUUGGCUCUCGGCAGAACCUUUGUGUGAAUGAAGAUGUGAAAAAGCUGGGUUCUGUGCAGCUUAUGAAUGACCGCUGCGUGGACAUGCAGAGAAGCAGACACGAGAAGAACGGAGCUGGGGAAGACAAGCCAAAGAGAAGGAGAACGAAAAUCCAGACCUCUUGCCCAUUCCAUAACCAUGAGCAGAUGCAGCUUCUCCGGGACGAGAUUCUGCUGGAGGUGAAGGACAUGGAGCAGCUUGUGGCCCUUGGGAAGGAGGCACGGGCCUGCCCCUAUUACGGAAGCCGCUUUGCCAUCCCUGCAGCCCAGCUGGUGGUGCUACCUUACCCAAUGCUGCUGCAUGCAGCCACCAGACAGGCUGCGGGAAUCAGGCUGCAAGGCCAAGUGGUCAUCAUCGAUGAGGCGCACAACCUGAUCGACACCAUCACCAACAUCUACAGCACAGAGGUCAAUGGUUCCCAGCUCUGCCAGGCCUAUUCUCAGUUACUCCAGUACAUGGAAAGAUACGGGAAGCGUUUGAAGGCCAAGAACCUAAUGUACAUCAAGCAGAUCCUGUACUUGCUGGAGAAGUUUGUGGCUGUUUUGGGAGGUAAUGUUAAGCAAAAUCCUAGUACACAGAGCCUGCUCCAGACAGGGUCUGAGCUGAAGAGCAUCAACGACUUUCUCUUUCAGAGCCAGGUGGACAACAUCAACCUGUUCAAGGUGCAGCGCUACUUGGAGAAGAGCAUGGUCAGCAGGAAGCUCUUUGGCUUCACAGAACGCUUUGGAGUUGUUCUUCCGUCUCCCUCGGCCUCUCAGGAGAACCGCCAUCUGGACGGCUUCCAGCACUUCCUGAAGAGCCUGCAGUCAGGGCCUACUGAGGACUCCCUGGAGGAAGGCCAGGCCACAGCCCCACGGCCUGCCUCUCCACUGAUGCACAUUGAGGCCUUUCUGGCAGCCCUCACCACUGCCAACCAGGAUGGCAGGGUUAUCCUGAGCCGCCAAGGUAAUCGACUGCUCGUCACAAAGGGGCCCAGCUUGAAAGGGCUCUACCAUACUGCCCCUACGCUGUGUGUGAAGGAGCCACUCCAGGCCUGGAGCUGGCAGUGGUCCUGGAGACUGGGUUUCAGAGGUGCCGAAUUGUCUCAGGCAAGGUCCCUACAGAACCUAGAAUCUCACGGUUGAGGUUAGAUGGGGUUG